CAUUUCUCAUGUCCAAUCGAUCCUUGCUCGGGAGGAGCGACGGGAGCGCACAACUAUCACUCCUGCAUUACUACACCAUCACUCUCAUCAGCAUCUCUCCGGCGACUUGAACGCCUCUGUGUGACUGUCGCGCGUGCAGGGGGGAAUAAACUUAUGUGGAGUGUUUGCCAAAAAACAUCAGCCUGGUGUAUCUUUGGGAGGAUUACGCACUUUUUAUGACUUUCUCCUGUGUGUAAGGCUCUGAGAUGGGACACGGCGAGAUCGUGGCAGUUUGGGCCACAUCGCUGUUGCGCCAGGCGUGUUUUCUCAGCCGGCUCCGAAGGGCAGGUAGUCUGGCUUGGCAGUAGCCCUCUUCAGCACCGCUUCAGAGUGUUUGAACGCGGGCUUUGGAAACUGGACAAGAGCCUCUGAAGGAUUGAAUGGGGAACAAAAUCAGUGGAGUUGGAGCAGAAAGUGGCAAAGCGCCCUGCUAUCUCACCUGGACCCUUUACAAUCUACUGUGAUCAUGCCAUCGAGUUUAUAGAUUUGGGGGCUUCUUCUGUUUGAGGUGAGGGAGAGAAGGAGCAGGAGGAAGAGGAAGAAGAGGAGAGGGAGGAGGAGGAGAAGGAGGAGGAGGAGGGUUGAGGAGUGAGUGGAUGCAGCCAUGGCUUUUACACCCCGACCAUAGAGGAGCUUCUGAGUGGAAGAGAGAUCAGAGAAGACAGAGACGGCCAACAGGAUGAAACUGUGGGGGAGGUCAGCUUGGCCUUUGCAGGUGGCCUUCCUCGUUGCCGUGGUGAUGCUCUGUGUUGACCCGUUGUCUGCUGGCAGCCGUAACCACCGGGGACCGACAGUCUCAUACCAGGUGAAGCAGGGGACGUGUGAGGUGGUGGCCAUCCAUCGCUGCUGUAAUAAGAACAAGAUUGAGGAGCGCUCUCAAACCGUCAAGUGUUCCUGUUUUCCUGGGCAGGUCGCUGGCACCACCAACGCCAGACCUUCCUGUGUUGAAGCUUCAAUUGUAGCCCAGAAGUGGUGGUGCCAGAUGCAUCCGUGUAUGGAUGGAGAAGAAUGUAAGGUCCUACCUGAUCUGACUGGCUGGUCCUGCAGCACUGGCAACAAAGUCAAAACCACCAAGAUCAGCUGAGGGAGUGAUGAGGAGCCAAUGGCUGACUGCAUCAGUGGACAUUAAUUGUGCAUUUCCAAGGUGCUUUGGGACCAGGGAGCAGUUACUUGGAGACUUGGUGGCAGAUGUCACCGAAGGAAGUUGCAAUGAGACAUCGAUUCCCUGGCAACCGCUUGAACGGCCCUGCUCUCUCUCUCCCUCCGUUUCUUUCAUUUCUUUAUCCUGCAUCUCUCUUUCUACCCAUGACCUCCUUUCACCACCUCAGCGUCUCAUUCACCAUGAUGAUCUGUAUAUGUCCAUCUGUUUUCACUCCCACACAGCGUAGGUGUGCUGAAGAAAGAUGCAAAGAUUGCCUGACCGAGGCACCGGAACGCUGUUUAACAAGGAAAAGCAUAGAUGCCGCAGAAUAGAUACACAUUUUCACAUGUCCCAUUUCAGAAGUCUUUCUCUAUGGUCAAACAUUUACAGCAUAUGCGGGACAAAACAUAAAUUUAAAAAAAUAUGCAAGUAUUUCUUUUCUUUAUAAAUGCAUGUUGGAUGAGGUUUGUUGAUGGAAAACAAGCUCUAUACAUCUCCAAUUAUACGCCUUCAACUUACUGCCCAAUUGUAAACAAACCAUUACAGCUCGGAGACAUGUGAAAUCCAGCUUUAGCAGUUGGUCCACGCAAUCAGUCAGCCUGCCAGGCUGCAAAACAAACAUUUGCAAUUGAAAGAAAAAAAGACAUGGAGCCAGAAAUAUAGGGCAAAUGGUCUUAUUUGGAAUGCUCUACUCUCUCCUCUGAUUGGUUCUUUUAAAUGGAAACUGUUAAGGGGGACAGAGUCCCUCCCUGUAAUUACAUGUCUCUGUGACACUGAUUCUUUUCCUCUUAUCUGUUGUAUUCUUUUUUUUUAGGUCACACGAUAGCAAGAGAGCCACCGCGCCACAAGGAAACCUGAAACUCUCCCCACGGAAGAGAUGGAUGACUCACACAUACUUACUGUAGGAUGGGAAAAAUAUCAAGGAAAAGGACUGCUGCCAGGCCAUCCAUCACAAAAAAAUGGGAUAAAAAGUACUCAACACAAACUAUGAACACUUGGCUAAAUGGAGCCAAACAUAAAGCAGUUACAGGAUGCUGCUUUUUGAGACCAAUGGCCUACAAUCAUGGACACCCAGGGUACAUCUGGACACUAAUGGACUCUUAUUUAUAAAUGACAGACAAAGCGUGGACUCGUAAAAAAAAUGGUCUGUUUCAAACACUGAAUAAGCAUAUAUAUUUCAACAAGUGUGAGCUGCAGGACAAAGUCCAAACCUCUCGAUUAUGUAGAGCUUCUACUGAGAUAGUUAGGGUUGAUCUGGGAGAAAUGAAAGCGAUAGCAGCUGAUAACUAGCAAAUAGAAAAUUAGCAUCCAAUCGCUCUUGUGGGUCAAGUCACAAACAUAAAGACUCUUUUGUGGGAGUCAUUUUGCAGUUCUAAUUAGGAAUUGCAGUGUAGGAACAUAACAUCAUAUUAAAAAUUCAUGUAAGAUAUUUGCACUAGUUGAAACCAUUUGGGAAUGUUUUGUUUUUCUAGAUUUCUCCCAUCCUUUGCUGUGGAUGUCACAUGAAAUUGAAGAAGAGCAUUUUGUAAAAUGUCUGACAGUUGAAGUAGAUAAAUAUAUAAAUACCACUCCCCCUUAUCCCUGAGUAGUUAUUGGAUAAAAAGGCUCAUACAAUCGAGCCGUGCUUACAUAUAGCUUGGAACAAUAUAAAGUAGCAAAGUGUGAUUCAUCCGUCUCUAUUUUUUUGUUGCCCAGAGAACUUUUUCAAGCUCAGCCUUCAAAGUUAGAUAUCUUUGAUCUCUCUUCUAUUCAAACUGACAUCUCUUAUGCUAACUGUUAAAAGGAGGCCCAUAAAAUGUUCAAACAAGGAGGACAAGUUGUCUGUAUGUUGUUCUUUCAAUCUAUUGUGAAUUUUUCUUUUUCUUUCCCCACAUUCAGGAUGUUUUCCUUUAAAAGCUGAAGUUGAAGACAGCUGUAUAAAGGGGGUUUUCAGGUUCCUUUCCAUGAAGAUGCAGUAUAUAUUGGCACCCUCAAUAUAAAUACUUUAGUUGAAUACAAUGAAAUAAUUGCCACAGAUGGU